AUGGAGACCAGGAUAGUCAAAGUCCCUAGCAAGGGCUCUCUCGGACACUUCAGACCGGGUGAUGGUCUUGCAAAGCUGAACCACUGGGAGGUUCAGUGCGAAAACAAAACUGCUCUUAAGGCAUUGGAACAUGCUGCGCACGAGUUACGGACCAAGGAUACGCCUGUAGCGUUCCCAACGGAGACUGUCUAUGGCCUUGGUGCAGAUGCUACUCGAACCCCUUCUGUCAAGGGAAUAUACUCUGCAAAGGGGCGUCCAUCAGAUAAUCCUCUCAUUUCGCAUGUUUGCGAUCUGGACAUGUUGCGACAAUACAUCGGUCAUACAGAUGAGACUGAGGAUCCUAUACCAAGCCGCUACAGGGCUUUGAUAGAACAAUUCUGGCCUGGACCCCUCACCAUCCUACUGCCUAACCCAGUGCCAUCAAAGCUGGCGCCUGAAGUGACUGCAGGCCUAAAGACUUUUGGUGUGCGAAUGCCUUCUUCCACCCUCGCCCUCUCCCUCAUCAAGCUUGCUGGUGUACCCCUGGCAGCGCCAUCUGCCAACGCCUCUACCAAGCCCUCACCCACAGCGGCACAGCAUGUAAUGGACGACCUCGACGGGAGGAUAGAACUUAUUCUGGACGGGGGACACUGCCAGGUUGGCGUGGAAAGCACGGUUGUGGACGGACUAUGCGACCCUCCUGUUGUACUCCGCCCUGGUGGAAUCGGACUGGAUGAGCUACGAAGCUGUCCCGGCUGGGAAAAUGUAACGAUAGCCUACAAAGACAAAAGUGAGGAAGGAAAGGCUGCACCCAGGGCACCAGGUAUGAAGUACAAGCACUACAGUCCCAAGGCUACAGUAGUGCUCUACGAGUCGAGUUUCGCAAAAGGGGGUAAUGGAAUUGCUUUAUCCGAUUUGGAGGCAGCCAAUAAAGCAGUCAAUGGCUAUGCUACGAAUGGCGAGCAAAAGAGCAGGAGAAUUGGUGUUAUUCGUACUCAGCGAUGGAAUUCAGGGGCUGGACUGCGAUGCGCCAACUUUCACCACCUCACAAAUGUGCAAGGGGUUGACGAGGAGGAUGAUUCGCCAUUCCAAGUAUACGAGGGCGAUCUAUUGGAUGACAAGGAGCAACCUAUAGGAACAAUUCUGGACAUCGAUCUGGGCAAAGGCACUGAGGGGAUUGCGAGAGGGCUCUUUGCGGCGCUCAGGGAGUUUGAUCGACGAGGCGCAGACACCAUUUUCGUUGAUGGCAUAGAGGAUAAAAGCGACAUCGCCGCAGCGGUCAUGAACCGGCUCCGCAAGGCGGCGUCAGAGACUAGAGCAUGA